CCCGAUUCGCUCACUCCCUUGAUUUCUCCGGUCGGCUAAAUCCUUUCAUUUGCGACUGUAUCCCCAGGUUGGUGAGGGUUUGGAGGUCGCGCGCGGCACCUCCGUGCUUUGCUUCUGUCCGAUGGCAGAUGACGAUGCCGGCGUUCUUCCUCCCUACAUCGAGGAGGACGAGGAGGAUGCCGCCGCGUCGAAGCAGCUGCGCCGCCAGCAGAGCAAGAGGAAGAAGCCUCGGGAGAGGAUGCCGUGGGAGUUCACCACACCAGAGGAGGAGGCCAAGGCGGAGGCGAGACUGGCUCUGGAACGCGAGCUCAUCGUGCACGACCCCAAGACUGGAGACACUUGCUUCACCCGCGUUUGGUUCCUUGACCGCACCAUCUUCGACCUCGACGAAGAGACACAAUAUGGUCCUAUGCGUUAUGUGAAUUCAACUAUUGGUGAUGACCACAGAUUGGUUGGCUCUUUAAAUGUGCUUUGUCUCAAGAUAAUCUCCUCAGAUGUUGCCUACCCUAUCAAUGUCUAUGGGACCGUGAUAGUCAGAGAUAAUCUUGAUUAUAAAUGCAUCAACAUCUUCCGACGUGACAGAAAUAAUUGCCAGCAAGUCACGUCAAAGAAUGAAGAUCUGAUUCUGACUGGCCCAACUAGAGGAGUUGUUUUCCGUGGUGCAGCUUUCUUUGAGAUAAAUCUGAUGCUAAGAGAAGAUGAGAGGGCAAUGACAGACAAUUCAGCAAAGUUUUGA